AACAGCUACAGCUAGAAGGAAUCACUGAAGUGUUCUGUGGGAACAGCCUCCCUGGAGUCCAGCAGCAGAUCCGUGGCCUUUGAAGGGAGUUCAGAGGCUGCACUGAGCAGGCAGCUGGAAGUCAGUGUGGAGAGUGAGACUACAAGAACUCAAUGGAACUGAAGUCCAAUCGCCUGCCGUGUGCCAGUCAUGUGACAUGUGCCAGGCUUCUCUGACCCUUGGUUUCCUCCUCUGAGUGUGUGCUAAGGUUGGUGGGAGGCAAAAAUUCUCCUUCAGAAACAGGAGUAGCUAUGGAGUCGUUGUCAGGGUGAGGAAGACAAGUCUAUAAUUUACCAGGAAGCACAGAGAAGUUACAGGUUAGGGAACAGCGAGCCGCCAGGGCGAGAGUGUCCACUGGGCCUUAGGAUUCCAGGGCUGCUGUGAGGAAUCCCUGACAGGCAGCAAGAGUGCAAAGAGCAGACGAUGGUGGGGGCACCAAGCUGGGCCUGGGGACUGAAUGUGUUUCCUCAUCACCUCCUCCCUCAUAGUUUCUGGUGAGCAGAAAAUGAUCAAUCCCUUAUCUGUGAUUAUGAGAGAGAGAGAGAGACAGAGACAGAGACAGACAGAGAGACAGAGACAGAGAGGCAGAGAGAGAGACAGAGAGAGAGAGAGAGAAAGAGAGAUAGCCACAGACAGCCAGCAUGAGGCGAGACAUAGUGAGAAACAGACCGAGGGGAGGGCAGGAGUGGAGGAAAUCGGGAGCUGAGGAAACAGUGAUUACACGCUGCAUAGGGAAUGGGAAAGACUGGAUGAGACAGGAGCUCAGGGUGGAAGAGAGGAGAGCCCAGCAUGCAGAGGUCAAGGCUGCAUCUUCCAGCAAAAAAUGGGGGCUGGGCUCAAGGGCGCAGUCAUCUUCUCACAAGGGCAGAUCUUCUGUAACGUGGGAAAGAAGAAGCCAGAGUGAUAAAGGAAGUUACUGGCCACAAGGAGGUGGAGAAGGUGAGGUCCUGUCCCCACUCAGUUCUCCACAUGAGAAGACCCAGGGAAUGUAGGUCACUUUACCCUGACUCUCUCCUGACUCCUGAGCACCCAGGGUUCUUCCACGGGACCUCCUCCACUGUCUGAUGGUUCUGCUGGUCUCACUUCCUGGAGGUAUUCUGGACAUGGCUUUGGUCCUGCUUCUGCUGCUCGUAGCAGCCUGCCUGCAAGCUGCGGUUUCAGAUUCUUCCCCAACCUUCCCAGGGAACUCAGCAGUAAUCAUCAGUUUUAAUACCUUUGGUGUCGACCAACCAGCACGCCUAUCUGGUGUCCAGGGCAGCUCCAUCGAGAUCCCCUUCUCCUUCUACUUCCCCUGGGAGAUGGCAAAGGAUCCACAGAUGAGGAUUCUCUGGAGAAGGAAGUCCUUCUAUGGGGAAUUGAUCUACAACUCUUCCUCGGGUUUCAUACAUGAGCAUUUCAAGGACCGGCUCAUCUUGAACUGGACACAGCCUCAGACAUCCGGAGUCCUCAGAAUUCUGGAUUUGAACAAGAAAGACGAGACAGUGUACUUCUGCCAAAUUCAUCUGAACACAAAAAGAGGUGUGCAGAGGUGGCAGUCUAUUAAUGGAACCCAACUCAUCAUCACCCAUGGCAGAACUAUCACGAAGAGCCCCUCCAUCGUUACCUCUGCAGUCACCACAGCUGGGCUGAAGGACAGAGAAGGCCAAAGGAAUCCAUCACUUGUGAACCUCGGAGCCACAAUUGGGGUGGUAGUGACCACGGCUGUACUCAUAACCCCCGUCUAUGUGAUGCUGAUCUUCCUCUGGUGGAAUAAAAGGCUUCUAACGGAAAGUGUGGCCCAGGUGAAAGGUGUGCCUGCCAGCCUCAAGGUCUGGAUCAAAGGCCUGUUGUCUUCCUCCCUCAAGAUCCAAAUCACAAGUGUGCCCUCCGUUUCUAGAUUAUACCUCAUUCCAGACACAGUCCAGAUGACAACCAAGAACAGCCAGCGCGGUAAACAUGUGCAGGGCAGAGUCACAACGACAGAGAAUGAACUCAACUAUGUUGGAAUCUCUGCCUACUUCCUUAGAGUCCCAGCUGGAAAUUAGAGAACCGAGUGCAGAUGAACACAGCCUGCUCCUAAGGAAUUCAAGGGGCACGCGGGAGCCCCAGGGGCCAACUGCUCCUUUGGAAAGAGCUGUGGCUACUAAACAAGGUCUGAGUUAGAGCAGCCUUCAGGGACAGCAUCUCACAGGAAGUGAGACCAUGAAUAGAGAGAAGUGCCUGAGUUGGGGAAGUGGUAACAACACAGAAAUUAAACAACGGUGUGCAAUAGACCCACCGGGGAAAAGAACAUGUCUGGGAAGAACCUACACUAAGAGAGGUGAAGGAUUUGUACCCUAAAAACGACACACGGCUGAGAGAAAUUGCAGAACAGCCGGGAGAUGGCUCAGUUGGUGAUUUGUUUGACCCACAAACACAAGUAUGAACAUGAGUUCCAUCCCCAGGAUUCACAGAUAAAGUUGACUACAUUGGCAGAUACUGGGCAGGAAGAGAUGAUAGGAUCCAUGAGGCACACUUUGCUGCCAGGCUUGCCCAAUCAGUGAACCCCAAUCAAGGGCAGACCUGCCCCCAAAACUAUAGUGGACAGCUCCUGCAGGAUGAUACCCAAGGUUGUCUUCUACCACCCACAUGUGUGUGCACAUAAGCAAAUGUACACAUACAUAUAUGUGCUGACAGAAAUAAAUUUAUAAAAGUAGGGAAAUACUGAAAUAUGUAAGGAUAUUUGAAUAAGGAAAAUUUUUUUAAACUCUUUACAAUAUGAAGCAGUCUAAAAAUUCAGUGCAGUCUCUAUCCAAAUCCCAAUUACUUUUUUGUAAAGACAAAAUGAUUUGUCUCCUAAAAUCAAAGGAUUCUAAGAAAUAAACACAGGGGACACAGUAGAGGGCUCCUACUGUGGGAAGGUAAUGCCAGCAUUGGGAAGUGAACCAGGCAGGGGAAAUAAAGAGUUCACACUGAUCUGAAGUUACAUAGAAAGUUGAAGGUGAACCUGGCUUCUACAAGACCUUGGACACACAUAAAACAAAGGCAACGUGUGGACUGGAUUCAGAGCAGACUUAAAUCCAUGGUAAGAAGACUACAGGACAGGAGCAGAGAUGAGCAGAUAGUGAAGUGGAUUGGAAAGCCCAGAAACACAGACUUGAACAUGCAGGCCCUGGUUUUCAGAAGGGCUCAGCCCUGCAAUGGAUAAGAGGAGCAGCUAAGACGAGGAGAGCUUCAGUCUGGGGGGCAGCAGAAGUCUGACUGGGAUUCGAACCCUGAGACUGAAUCUGCAGGGAGCAGCAGCCUGUACUCUCAGGGAAGCCAGGAAGCCAGGUUCCCAGGAGACAAAAGGGAGGCCUGGUGAGUGCAGAGCAGGGAGAGCAGGGAAGGGACAGAGUUCAAGGCAGGGGAAGGAAGGAAAGGGAGAAGGGCAUGGACAAGGGGCAGUAGACAGGAGAGCUGUCCUCUGAUUGGCUGUGCUGUGCAGGACAGCUGAGGACUGGAUUCAGGUCCUGGGGACUCUCAAACCUGUCCCUGAAUAUUUU